AUGUUACAACGGAUGAGACUUGGAGUUGUGGUCGUUUUGUCGCUACUGUUGAUUGCGAUUCAUCUGCCCACUGCAAACACCUCUCCUUUGGAGUUCUUCGAGCGAGAGCGGGAUUCCGGCCAUGGAUCGCAUGGCAACAUCGACCCCGGAAAGGUGGGCGCUGUUGCUAGCGAAAGCUCAAUCUGCUCCCGCCAUGGAUCCGAUAUUCUGAAGAAAGGCGGAAACGCCGCUGAUGCUUUGAUUGCAACCGAGUUUUGUAUUGGUGUCGUCGGGAUGUACCACAGUGGAAUCGGCGGAGGUGGCUUCCUGCUCGUGAGAUCGCCGAAGGGCGAUUACGAAUUCGUUGAUUUCCGAGAGACUGCUCCUGCCGCGGCAUUCGAGGAUAUGUACAAAAACAACGAGGAUGCUUCCAUCUAUGGUGGACUGGCCAGUGGAGUACCAGGUGAGGUGCGCGGCUUGGAGUACCUCCACAAGAAAUACGGCUCUCUACCAUGGUCGACCAUUUUGCAGCCUGCUAUCCGCACAGCCCGUGAGGGGUUCCCUGUCACAGAAGAUCUUGUCAGAUACAUGGAAUCGUCUGUUGGUACUGGAGAGGACUUCCUAUCCAAGAACCCCACGUGGGCACUUGACUUUGCUCCGAACGGAACUAGGCUAGGGCUGGGUGAUACCAUUACCCGCCGCCGGUAUGCGGAUACCCUGGAGGCUAUUGCAGAUCGUGGCCCGGAUGCAUUUUACUCUGGUCCCCUCGCAGAGGCUAUGAUCAAUGCGCUGCAGAGCGAAAACGGCACGAUGACGCUUGCAGAUCUCAAGGACUACACUGUGGCCAUUCGGGAUAUCGCUCAGAUUGACUACCGUGGCUACAAGAUCACCAGUACCUCUGCCCCGUCGAGUGGUACAAUCGCUAUGAGUAUUUUGAAGAUUCUCGCGACAUACAAAGAUUUCUUCUCGACAGAAAGUUCUGUGAACCUGAGUACCCAUCGAUUGGACGAGGCGAUGCGAUUUGGAUAUGGCGAGAGAUCUAAUCUAGGCGAUCCCCUAUUUGUUGAUGGGAUGGCCAAGUACCAGAAGCAGAUCUUGGAGCAAUCUACGAUUGAUGACAUUCGAUCCAAGAUCUCGGAUGUGCGAACUCAGAACGUAUCUGCUUAUGAUCCACCUGGACUGGAAAUCCUUGACACCCCUGGAACUUCCCAUAUCGCAGCAGCAGACCAUACUGGCCUUGCAAUCUCAGUAAUCACCACAAUUAACCUGCUUUUCGGUAGCCAUCUCAUGGUCCCAGAAACCGGUGUUAUCAUGAACAACGAGAUGAACGACUUUUCCAUUCCUGGAUCAUCGAACGAAUUUGGAUACAUUCCCUCUGUAGCCAACUACGUUCGCCCCGGAAAACGCCCUCUUUCCUCCAUCACACCCGCGAUAGUUGAGCGACCCAACGGCAGACUAUUUUUGAUUGCAGGAUCCGCGGGAGGCAGUCGUAUCCUCACUGCCACCGUGCAGACUAUUAUCAAUUCCAUUGACCGGGGACUCUCCGCCGCCAAAGCGUUGGCCAAACCCCGUCUGCAUGAUCAGCUGAUGCCGAACCAGGUCACCUUCGAAUACUCUUUCGACAACGCAACAGUUGCCUCCAUGAAGGCGCGUGGGCAUAAUGUUACUUGGGUUGCUCCAGGACAGAGUACUGCCCACCUAAUUCGGGUUCUGCCCAAUGGAACAUUCGAUGCUGCUGGUGAGCCGAGACAGCUCAACUCGGCUGGGUAUUCUGUGUAG